UGCGCCAUGAUUGGCUCAGUGUUCUGUCACUGAGGGACACUACAUCACUGCAAAAGCUAGCUGACUCUGGUCGUCAGUUCAACAGUGUUUCCAGCCAGCCCACACAUUGACUUCCAGGUUAAGCAAGCAGUGUGUGUCACGCACUGACCUUAGUUUGCUUUGUUUUCUUUAUUAUGUUGGUUAGGUCAGGGUGUGAAAAGGGUGAUGUGUUUUUGUAUUGUCUAGGGGGUUUUGUAAGUCUAUGGGUUUUCACUAGUCAAGGUAUUUAUAUGUCUAUGGUUAUGUGUUAGUUGCCUGUGUCAGCACUAUAUUUAGCUUCACGUCCGUUUUGUUGUUUUUGUAGUUUGUUUAUGUGUUUCUUCGUCGUCAUUAAAGGAACAUGUAUUCAUAUCACGCUGCGCCUUGGUCUCCUCCAUUCAACGAACGUGACAGUGUGUCAAGAAGCAGUGCGACCUUCGCCGAGUCCAUUGGGGAGUUGCAGCAAUGAGACAAGAUCGUAACUACCAAUUGGAUAUCACGAAAAAGGGUGAAAAAGUUUGAAUACAUUAACCAUGCUGUUAAUCCAGCAUGAUUUCUGCCGUUUACAAAAUAACUGGAAACUCGGAACUGGGAAAUCUCAGACUUCAGUGAGUUCAAGACAACUGGGAACUCAGAUAAAACUAGCUACGACUGGGAAAAUAUGGAAAACUAUUUUGAAAGGUCAUCCAACUCGGGAUUUCAGGUCUCUUUCUAAAGCCCACAAGAAGGACCGCUGCGCCACCUUCCUGUUCAAUUGAGCACAGCACAACAAGACGGCCUGUCGAUCAAGACCUAUGUGUCCGCUCACGACAAGCAGCGGUGCUUCGACUGCAAUCUGUGUCGGUGGAAGCUACGCCUUUAAUUUGUUUAUUCACGAAGAUCAUAUGAACCCUCGGCUAAAAAAACUGACUUUGUAAAGUUUAGUCACGCUGCAGAGGAUGUGUCGGCUUGCAUUCUGGUCAAUGUCUCUACGGUGCUGGGAUGACGCUCUUGUGUCAGGGCCAACAUGUACUCCAAGGGCACCAAACGCAAGUUCUUUGACAGUGUGGACGCGGCGAUGGACAACAAGGCGGUGUUGUACAGCCGGCAGCGCCAGUCCCUGCUGGACAUGUCUCUGAUCAAGCUGCAGCUGUGCCACAUGCUGGUGGAGCCCAACAUGUGCCGCUCGGUCCUCAUUGCCAACACGGUGCGCCAUAUCCAGGAGGAGAUGACCCAUGACGGUAGCUGGCAGUUGGUCACUGAGGCUUUCGGCGGCUCUGGCCCAUCUGACCACCUGGUGGCCACCGAGGUUUUGUGUCGGUCAUCGGCGCUGGAGCAGCAGGGCGGUGGGCCCAAGCUCUACUCGGUGAUGGGCUACGAUGGUUGCCGCGAGGAAGAAGUGGUAACGGACGAGGCUCUCUGUUCUGUGACAUUUAGCGACGGGGCCCCGGCCCUCUUGGGGACCAUCGACCACUGCUGGGACAGGGCAGAACUGAGAAUGGUGGCGGUAGAGGACCGGGUCAUCAAAGACUCCGGUUCAGAGGUCGAGUCUGGGGAGGGGGCUAAAACAGUGAUGGGGCAGGUGUUUGGGACGUUCGAGAUCAAAAAUGGUGCCCCUGGGUCAGACCCGGCACUAGAGGAGCUGUUCUCAGCCGUUGAUGCCUCGUAUUAUGACUUGGACACCAUGCUCACAAGCAUUCAGAGCACCCCCAAGAUGGGGCCUUACAACCUUCUGGACAGCAUGGCCUCUUCCCACGGCCCCACGUCCAACUCCAGCUGUAGAACCGAUCUCAGUGAACUUGACCACAUUAUGGAGAUCAUUGUCGGCUCAUAGCUUAUAGACUUAAAACUUGACUGUUUGGUUGAACUUGUGCCUCUGACUUUUUGUCUUGUAUGUGUGAACAUACAGUAUCUACAUACCUUCCUCUGUAUGGAAACUGAGUGAUAUCCGUCUCCAUGCAAUGCCAUUUUUUUUAUCGGAGAAGUUAACUGUUUCUCAAGUUCACCAUACUUAUUUAUUAUGUUUACUUUGUAUUUCAAUAUGUACUCUUUUUGGUUUAAAUUAUUGUACCUAUUACACUACAUGAAUUCAGAGCAGCACAACAUUUACAUUAAUAAUCUUUUUUAACGAAAAUAUGUGUAGUUAAAGUAUAUAUUUUUCACUAUAGAGACAAUCUGGGAAUUGUUCUCGACUGUCUUUUUAUUUUUUACAUUUGUAAGCAAGAACGAUUGCACGAAAGCUCAAUGUGUGAUUAGGGACUAAUUUACCUAGUCUUUCACUGGUUUAUCUUUGGUUGUGUCUUUGAGCUACAAGAGCAAAUAGGCAUUGUUGAAAACGUGAAUUAUGUUCAGUAUGCUCACAAUGUGAUCUUGGUCUAUGGUUUGGUGCUAUAUGCACUAUGUACAGUAUUCCUAAUGAACACAUGGCCUUCUUGAGCCAGACAGUUCCAUCUUGCACUGCGGUUAGCUGUCACCUAGCAUGUGGUGCCAUUUGUUUGCUAUUAAAGUUACAUAUGUUCUUAUAUUGUCUCCUUACAAGUGAUUAUAAUGGGUAUAUGUCUAAUUUUCUGUUAUGACUUUAUUUAUUCAUUUCAAUCAUAUGGUGAUGUUCAACCUUAGUAUUGCCAACGGUUGCAGAAGGUUUUCACCUUUCAAACAUCAAUUUGUAUUUGGUUUCUUGACUUUCUUUGCAUACUUUUAGUGAAGUAAUGACCUUAUUCAAACCAAUCUGAGAACGUGCAAAGGAUUGUGCUUUUCAACUGACCUAUUCCAACAGAGUGGUUUAUUUUUACCACGUUCAAAGCUUGCACUCGGCCACAAGAUAAUAUUGUGAGUAAACAACUGAUUUCUGAUUAAACAGCCAUGAGGUGGGAGAUGCCAUGUUUCUUUUUUUAUAAUGAAGUUGACAUACAUGACAAUGAGCUUGAGAAGAUGAUGCUUUUCACGAGUAAACUAGCAGUUUAUACCAUUUUUAAUAAAGGUUCCAAAAUCAUA